CUCUUUCCCAGUGCUUCAUGCGCAUGUUCGACUGAGCUGCUGUUUGUUGGGUUACGUUACAGCCCAUAUAUAAUAUCACCUCUGUUGGAAGAAGAGAGAUGGACCCUGCCUCGGAAGAUACCUGCUGCUACUGCUUGGGCAGCACAGAUGGAAGGCCGUACCACCACGUCAUGUGGAAGUCCUACAAAAUGUGCCUUCGAUGCAAAACCGACUUGAAAAACUGCCUCUCCUGUGAAAGGAAAAUAAAGGAAAAGACAUCCUCACGAAGAUACACCCCUUGCUGUAGAUCCACAUACGAUCAUUUAUGCGAUAUAUGUUGCGAGCUUCCCAUCAUCUGUUGUAAAAAAAAAUUGGGGGAUGCCAUACCUGAGGUUUUAUACGCCCUCGAUUUGCACAUGAGCAUUAGGGUUCCCCCCAAUUUUUUGACCUACCAGAAUAUUUACACCUUUAACAAGGAGAGGUUCAACGACGCGAAUCAUCGAUGCACGUUUGAGUAUGACCACGUUGGGUAUGCACACAGGGGGGAGCGGGUCGAUUCGGUAGAGCCAGCGCAGCACAGCGAGGUUGCAGCAAAGGGAAGGGACCCCCCGAAUGGGAAAAACGGAAAAGCCACUACAGAAGGAGACUUCAAAUCGGAGCAAAACCAAAAGAAGGAUAUAAAAACACUCCUUCGGAAACUAACCCGUUCGGGGCAUCGGCCAAAAAAAAAAAAAAAAAAAAGGGAAGUGACACGAACGGGGGAAGAUACACAAAGGGUGAGCUUUUCUCGUCCCCAAAAAAAGGACAACAAGGAAAAUAACAAAGUGGAAGGGGGACGUAGCGGUGGAGAUGCCCUUAUGUGCGCCGCUAAAGGGGAGGGAAGUGCCCCACACGAUGUAGCUUCCCCCAUAAAGGUACCCCCCACCGAGGGGAUCAACCAACCUGAUGAGACGCACCGGCGAAGGAGGGAACCGAAAAAUCACCAUCUGAAGAAGAAGCUGUUUUCCAAAAAAUCGAGUCUAUACAGCAAGGCAACGGCGCCCCUCUUGGACUACCUCAAAUUGUUGCGAAGUCGGACGAAGGAAAGGGGGAGAGACAGGCGAGGCGGAGUUUCUCGGCGCCAGGGGGGGGCACCACUGGAGGAGCAAAAGGGCAAUACAACCGCAGAUGUGAAGAACGAAAAGCGGUUAGCAAUGCGUUUCUCCACUCGGUUUUCAACUCGGUUCCCCACUCGGUUCUCCACUCGAAUCGCGAGCCGCAUCGCAACCCGCAUGGCGACCCGGAUCGGCUCCAAAGCGGUUACUCAGGUGGAUGGCCAAAUGGCCGCCGCCCCACCGCGGAAGUCGCACGACCUGCAUCUCGUGCUUUCCUUUACCAACCGAGCGAACGAAGAAGAAAUAUUCACACGGCUGCUACACAACGAGCUGAAGGUGACCGACGUGCUAUACCUACGGAACAUGUUCAGGCAAAAUGGGGAUGGAGAAAAGGCAAUAGCAUCCUGCAACUGUGUAGUCGUGUCCCAAAAAAAGUUGCUCCUUCUACAUGAGCAGAAUAAGAUGAUACCAAAUUAUGCGUAUAGAAAAUUAAAGCUGCACGAAUUGUUGCCUCCAAAUAAGGACCACCUAAAGCUGGUUGACCAUCUCUCGUUAGCUGAUUGCUUGCCAGAGAUUUCACUUUUCUUUUACAUGUCCCACGAGCUGAUGCACACAUACCUGUGGGUCUCUCACCUUGGCACAUCUGCUCAGUUUGAGCAAAUACGAAAAAUUGUAAAGAAGCUGCACGGGAGAUCUUUUCAUGCAGGGAGCGAGAACAACCGCGGGGAUAAGCUCCACAAACGUCUGGCUUAUUAUUUGUCGCCUGAGUUGGAGGAGGCCCUCUGCGUGUUUGCUUCCAUUCAGUUUAUGCAUCACAUGAGGGCGGUCAACGCAGGUGGGUGCGAAAGUGGGCAUCCUCAAUUUUUCGGAGGUGAACAUAGCCAUGCGCCUGAAUGUGAGCUCAUAAACUACUACAUCAGAACGUGCGAGCGAGGGGGAUCCCCCAUGUAUGGCAAAAACUACAGGGAGCUAAAAAGGAUUAUGAAGAAUUAUACGCUGGUGGAUAUUCUGCACAUCAUUGGAGACAUAAACCGCGCACGCUUUUACCCCGUGGUAAGUCUGCGAUUACUGCGCGCUGUGGUUUCCUCCAUCCGUGUUGUAAGAUAA